AUGGCAAUGCGGCACCGAAAAUUAUUGAAGUUGGCUUCCUUACCGUUACCACUAUUACUAGCGGCGCUAGUGACCUUCACACAGUGGCCAAUUCAGCAGGUCGAAGCAAAAUUCACACCAGAUCAAAUGAGUGUUGUGUCCAGAUCUAACAACGAUACCCAUUUGCGUGAAACAGUGAAAAAGAUCCUUAAACCACGAGUUGUUGGAACUGCCUCCCAUGACGAAGUCAAACGAUACAUCAUUGACCAGCUAAAGCAAAUGCGUUUUAUUGUUGAGCUUGAUGAAUUUAACGAUAAAACGCCACAUUUCGGACGGCUAAGGUUCUCCAACAUAAUCGGCAAGCUGAACCCAUCGGCGGACAAGUAUUUGACGUUGGCAUGUCAUUACGAUAGCAAAUACUUUCGGGAACAUGCAUUUGUGGGUGCGGUUGACUCGGCCGUUCCCUGUACAAUGAUGCUCAAUUUGGCCAAAACCACUGCUUCGGCAUUAACACUACUCCGAAACAAUACUGAUCUCAGCCUAAUGUUAGUGUUUUUCGACGGAGAAGAAGCUUUCCGUCAAUGGUCUGCCACCGAUUCCCUCUAUGGAUCUCGACAUCUGGCUACGAAAUGGACUACCAUGCCAUACGUUUCGCAAACAUUAAGCAAAUCGAUGAGAGAGAUAGACCGGGUUCAGUUAAUGGUGCUUUUAGAUCUGAUCGGUGGCGAAAAUCCAAAAUUCUACAAUUUUUUCGACAACACCAGAAACUACCAUCGAAGGUUGAGUGAAAUCGAAUCUACACUGCGAAAAAAUAAACUUCUGCUAAAGGACCCUAAGGGCAUCGACAUGUUCAUCAACAAGAGCGCAAAUAGGAAAAUAGAAGAUGAUCAUAUUCCAUUUUUAAAGAGAAAUAUUCGCAUUUUGCAUCUGAUACCGGUUCCAUUCCCGAAGCAUUGGCACACACCGGAAGACAACGAAGCUAAUUUGAGUUUUAAGACCGUUGAAAACAUAAAUAUGGUGCUGCGGAUUUUUAUGUUGGAAUACUUAACAUAUUGUGAUAGUAAAUAUGGUAGAGCUCUAAGUACGUGCUUGAAUUGA